AUGGCCCGGCCCGGCAGCACCCGAACCACGCGGAGCAGCCGCUGCUGUGCCCGAGCUCAGGUGCCUCAGCAAACUCACACUUCUCUCUUCCUCCUCCGGUGGUCUCUCCCAGGUCCAUUCCAAGUCACAGGACCCCCCAACCCCAUCACCGUGGCCAAGGGCGAGAACGUGGUGCUGCCCUGCGGCUUCUCCCCAGGGCAGGAUGCACUGGACACGGAGGUGAUCUGGUUUCGGGAGCAGUUCUCGCCCUUUGUGCAUCGCUACAACGAGGGCCAGGACCAGUACGGGGAGCAGAUGCUUCAGUACCAAGGGCGCACUGAGCUGCGGAAGGACGGCCUUGCCAAGGGCAGCGCGGACUUGAAGCUUUUCCAUGUCCGACCAUCUGACACAGGGACUUACACCUGCUUUGUUCGCCGUGGCUCAGAUUACGACGAGGCUCAGGUGGAGCUCAAGGUGACAGCCAGAGGCUCUGCCCCACUCAUCGCGCUGGAGCGCUACGAGCACGGGGGGAUCCGCGUGGCCUGUCGCUCAGCCGGCUGGUACCCACAGCCCCAGGUGCUGUGGCACGAUCCCCACGGGCAGCAUCUCCCAUCCCUCUCGGAAAACACUGCCCAGGACAAGAAUGGGCUCUUUGCAGCUGAGAGCAGCAUCAUCCUCACCAGAGGUGUGAACCAGGAACUGUCCUGCUCGGUGCAGCACAUCCCGCACACACCAGAGCAGGAAUCAGCCCUUUAUGUGUCAGUCACGGACCGGCCUCACCCCGGACGCUGCGCGGACCACCGCGCCGCCGCGGCGCGGCUCAAGGGUUCUUACCGACCCUCCCCGCGCACGCCCCGGCCCCUGACUGAGCGUAUUUCCUUCUUACGUCUCAACAAGCGCUUUGUUCGGUCACUGGCCACGUCCCUCGCGGAAGCUUGGAAACGCAGUUAA